GUGGAGGAAUAAACUGAAUGUUUUCCCCUUUGCUCUGCAGAGAUAUGCAUCAGGUACUUGAUGCAUAUGAGAAGCACAAGUCUUUCUACCUGUACACCGGCAGAGGCCCGUCCUCAGAGGCCAUGCAUGUCGGUCACCUCAUCCCGUUUAUCUUCACUAAAUGGCUUCAGGACGUUUUUGACAUCCCCCUGGUGAUCCAGCUGACGGACGACGAGAAGUACCUGUGGAAGGACCUGACUGUUGAAGAAUGCCACCGCUUUGCAAUAGAGAACGCCAAGGAUAUUAUAGCCUGUGGCUUUGACCUUAACAAGACAUUUAUCUUCUCUGACCUGGACUACAUGGGUGCCUGCCCUGAAUUCUACCGAAAUGUGGUGAAGAUCCAGAAGCAUGUGACAUUUAACCAGGUCAAAGGAAUCUUUGGCUUUACGGACAGCGAUUGCAUCGGGAAGAUCAGUUUUCCAGCCAUCCAGGCCGCACCCUCCUUCAGUAACUCCUUCCCUCAUAUCUUUGGAAGCAGAAAAGACAUACAGUGUCUCAUUCCUUGUGCCAUUGAUCAGGACCCCUAUUUCAGGAUGACCCGUGAUGUCGCUCCAAGGAUCGGUUAUCCAAAGCCAGCACUGCUGCACUCCACCUUCUUCCCUGCCCUGCAGGGGGCGCAGACGAAAAUGAGCGCCAGCGAUGCCAACUCCUCCAUAUUCCUGACAGACACACCGAAGCAGAUCAAGAACAAGAUUAACAAACACGCUUUUUCCGGAGGGAAGGACACUGUAGAAGAGCACAGGAAGUACGGCGGGAACGCAGAUGUAGACGUCUCAUUCAUGUAUUUGACUUUCUUCCUUGAGGAUGAUGAAGAGCUGGAGAAAAUCCGACAGGACUACACCAGUGGAGCGCUGCUAACAGGCGAACUGAAGAAAAAAUUGAUUGAGACUCUGCAGCCAAUGAUUGCCCAGCAUCAAGAGAGACGCAAACAAGUCACAGACGAAACAGUGAAGCAAUUUAUGACACCCAGACCUUUAAAUUUUAACUUGUAGCUCGGUGGAGCGUCACAGAUCCAUGUUUAUUGUACUCUACUAUUUUUCAUUUAAAGUAAUCUGUAAUGGGUGGAAACAUUGGAAGGAUUGUGUUCUUCUCCAAAAUAAGCAUGGCAAUGUUCAUGUGGAAUCAAAUGCACGUUUGUGUUCCUCAUCUGGAGCUCUCUACUCUCAAAGUAAGAGGCAUGUAAUCUAAAAGCUGCUUAAAGACGAACAAAAGAAAAGUCAUCUGCUUCGGAGGUCUUCUGUGGAAAAAUUCCUUUUACCAAGAGAUGUUGUAGUCUUGUUUUUAUAUGAUUGUAAAAAUGAGAGGUGUUAUAAUCACACAUUCAUAUCAGAACAGUU